UAAGUGACUUCUAUUAAACACGGUUACUGUGAAAGGUAUAUGGAGGUACAUACUUUUCUUAAUUACAUAGACAGUCAACGAACAAAGGUUUGAAUGAAGUCGAUACAGUACUAAAUUAGAUGUUAGAUGGAGAAACUAGAAAGUGUAAGCAGAAACUCAGACUUCAAAAGUGACCGUCGUCUCCACUCGUACGAUGUUAUUGUCCCCCAAGAGAUUGCGUUUGAGAGGGAGGCGGGGUGUGACACCUUCCUCCCCCUCUUCACACACAGCCGUCUCUCUCCUCACCUGCAUACAGUCACACUUGAAGGUCCGGGCACCUGCAUGUCCCUCUUCUUUUCCACCCCAUCCUUCCACACCGACGAGUGUUUGGCUCUCAUCCGUUCAUACCAUGGACGCUUUGACCGGCGCUCUCCUUCUCUGCUUGUCGGCAACGGCAAGCUCCCCGGGGGAACCUUCACGGCGGUUCUCGGGGUGCGUCGACAGCAGCAGCCCGCUUCAUCCCGUCAGCAGAGUUCGCGAUGACCUUGACCCGAAAUCCUGCGGUGGCAUUUGCCUAGAUGAGGGGUUCAUAGUUGCUGCAUUAACAACACAAUGGUGUUACUGUGGACAUGCGUUACAAGGCGUGAGAGUGUCUGCAUGUUUCAACACUUCCUCUAAUGGAGGUUCACAGGAGGUCAGAGGAGAACAGGGAGGACAGAGAGUCCCGAAACCUCCUCUUGGGAGCAGGGCGAGAAAUUUCGCACCUUACAGGACAGAAGGGCCAUUUUUGCGCCACGGAAAUGUGUCGACCCCUCUGAAGAAAUUGCAUGCCGUGACGACUUUUGUUCUGGAAGUUUGCGGGAAAUUGGCGGGAUGCCUUGACCAGGUCACAGUAAUGGUGGAACUGGGUGGACCCAAUGACAUCACUGUGGAGUUCCUCUGUGGGACCUCAGCGUGUCAAAGUUCACAGCAGGUCAACGUGUCAGAUGAUGGCUCCUUUGCAGUUUCAUGUCAAUGGAUUUGGGAAGGGUCAGCCGAGCAUGAAAUCAAGUUGACGGUCUUCAACCCGAUUUCAGAGCAUUUCUGCCCCCUGAGCCUCGACGCGGCGGCGCCGUCGGAGAUCUUUUUGCUUCACGGAACCCCCCUCCUGCACACAAGCUCCCAAAAUGGGACCGCGCAGGCUGUCUAUGCGGGGGAUCUCAUCACGCUGCGGGCGUACGCGGCUGGCGGGCCGGCAGCGCGGUUGUGCUGGUCGUUUCAUCACAGGGAGGGAGACAAGGAGGUGGGGGUCGAGAGGACUUGUGAGGCCCUGAAUGGCAGCCUGGUGGUUGUGCCGUCUCCAGCCAAUGUCACCGCUGCCAACAUGAUUGACCGAAGUGUCAGCGUUUAUACGGCACGUCAAACCUACCCCACGACUACGGAUGUGGCCUUUUCGGCUGUGACGGAUGUGCCCGAGCCGCUGGACAUUUUCUGGAAUUUUGGUGACGCCACAACGGCAAGAACCGGCAGCAGGAACGUCACCAAAAGAUACGACACUCCUGGAAGGUACAAGGUCACGGUGGCGCUGUCUGACGGUCGCACCUCCCUCACGUCCGGAGCGUUGUCCAUCCUCAUCCAAAGGCCUGUGAAGCUCAACAAGUUGGUCCACCGGGCCUCCGUCCUUCGGAACCAGACGACCACAGUGAGUUGCAGAGUGGAUUCCGGCACCGACGUCACAUUCCUGUGGAGCUUCGGCGACGGGACGACAAAGAUGGGACAAAGCGUUGAAAGGCACGCGUUUCUCAGCACUGGAGAGUUCCUGAUGGAAGUGACCGUGUCCAACCGGGUCAGUCGCGGCUCCCUCAACAGCGUCAUCUUUGUCUUGGACCGUCCAUGUCGGCCUCCGCCCGUCAAGAACAUGGGCCCUCUCAAACUCCAGGUGCGAAGACACAACAUCAUCCGCCUGGGCGUGUCCUACGAGGGGGACAUGGAAUGCGACGCGUCGAGGGGCCUCCGUUACACGUGGACACUGUCUGACUCUGCAGGCCACGUUUUGCCGGUUCCGGAUGCUCACAAGCAGCUCCUCGUACUGCCGGGACAUCUCCUGCACCAUGACACCUACACCGCCGUGGCCAGGGUCGAGGUCGUUGGCAACGUGGUGUACAGUAACUACAGCGUGAGACUUGAAAUGAUUCCCAGCCCUCCCGUGGCUUCCAUCCAGGGCGGCACCAACAUCUUCAUUAACCACGCGAACAUGACCGCGCUAACACUGGAUGGGCGGCGUUCCUACGAUCCCGACUUCCCGACGCGUCCGUUGAGCGUCAAAUGGAUGUGCCAACCGGUCAGCUCCAUCAAGAGUUCCUGCUUCAAGCGCCACGUCGCUACCGGCUCUGCUGUGCUCACCUUUCCCACCAGCUCCCUCCAGCCACGUUUUGACCAGUUCCAGUUCACUCUCAGCGUCCACAGCGGAGCGCUGUCUGCUUCGACGGAAGCUUUUGUCACCUUAACGCCGAGCGUCGUCGGGCGUCUCGCAGUAUCAUGUCUGCAAUGUGAAGGAGACCAAGUAAACUGGGAUCAGUCUAUCUCAGUCCAAGCCGUGUGUGAAGACUGUGAGGUUCCCCCAAACCGCAUCGCGUACACCUGGACUUUGCACUUGGUGAACGCUUCCUCCAAAUCUGCGGACGAAGUCCCAUUUUGUUACACGGUGGACCUCAGUGCCCCAUCCGCCAUCAAAGAAACCACAUCGAUGCCCUCCUCACGUCUUCAUCCACAUCCUCCAAAUUCUUCCCAACCUGCUUAUCCGUUCGAUGCGUUCAUUCCUACGGAGGCCAUCGCCGGAGAGGAGCCCUCUUACGUUGCCAGAGGGGAACGUGGCCUUUUGGAGUCCCUGAACUCCACUGCCGCUGAGAAUGGUCGCGUGCGUUUGGAUCAGAGAGAAGUUGGAAGUCAACUUCCCAUUGACUACGACUCCUCGGCAGACUGGGAUAGUGCUGAUGUGACAGAUGGACGAGGUCGAGUAUCUAGCUGUGCUCUUCGUGCACGCCGCCAUUUGUCAAGUCUCGCCGAUGUGAGUCGAAGUCUCUGCUCUUGUGCAGAAUCCCGCAUUCCCUGGCAAAUCGCGGAGGAGGGAGAGCCGGGAAUCUCAGCUGGGAGACCGAGAGGUACACAAUGUGCAGUAGAAUGUUUUGGCCGCUGCGAAAAACUCUCAUCGGCAUCACUCACGAUGCUGCGUUGCAGUUCGGCGCCGGUGCAAACCACAACCACGAUAAUCAACAGACUCUUGAAAGAAUACUUUCUCACAAUGACAACCAAUACCUCGACUUGUCCACCCGCCCCGCUUUUAGGUACGGAUGUUCUGACGCAGAAUCCGGGAGACGACACGUCGUUCCACCCGGUGCCACACGACUCCGAGGGAAGUAAUCUGGUGGAGUCCCGGCCCAGGCAGGGCAUUUGGAAGCAGACCUUGAUCGACCUCCCUCGAGAACCAAUAGACGCGAGAUCCUUUGCGUCCUACACCUACACGGGACUUUCGUCUGCGUUGCUCAGCUUCAGACCUUUUAGCUUAAAGCCGGGCCACAUGUACAUGCUGGAGGCCAUCGCAAAAUGUCCAAGUCGUAUUUUGGGACGCACGCAAUUAUUCUUGAGAACAAAGCCCAUUCCUAAAGGAAUGACAUGCCAAGUCCAACCAAGUAAAGGGCUGGAGUUGUAUACACACUUUGGCAUCUUCUGCACCUCAGGCAGAGAGGACUUACUGUACGAGUACAGCUUCAGCGUUGGUAGCGAACCUCCCAGGAUGUUGUACCAGGGGAGAAACUUCCAGUACUAUUUCAGCCUGCCAUCUGGACACCCCACCAAUGACUAUAAAGUAACCGUAUACACCAAAAUCAGAAGCAGCGUGUACGGAUCCUCCACUCAAGUUUGCCCUGUAACUGUCCAAGUCCGUCCCAGCUUCUUCAGAGAUGUUUCCUUCCCCAAUCCUGAUGUGGUUUUGUCCCAAUCAGGGUUGAAGAACCUCUCCGCAUUGAUUGUGCUUGGGGACAGUACGGAGAUUUGCAACUAUGUCAGUCUGUUGUCGGGCAUCCUCAAUAGGCUCAGCUUGGACAGCCAGGCGGACCACCGCACUCAGAGUCAUCUGCGGAACGUGCUCAUCUCCGCUUUGUGCAAGCUGGAAAGUCCUGACCAGGACUCAAUGGUAGACAACAUUGGCAUUCUCCGAGAUCUUUCCCAAGUGUCAAGACAGGCAAGUUGCAGUUUCCCUCACAGAAACACGAAGAGAUGUCGGCUGGAACAGCCCUUGACACGCAGUAAUACGUUUCUUAGGUGUUUAGCCAGCGUCCGACAAGUGGUUACUCACGUGAAGGCCAUCUCGGCGGAGCUUUCUCGACCCAGUGCACCCAAGCGGUACCAACCGGACCAGAGGACGCUUAGCACCCUGGUCGCGGUGUUAUCGUGCAGCCUGGAGGCCGCCGUCACCGCUCAUGACGUCACAGAUGUGACGCGCGAGGUGGAGCCCCAUCCGCGGGUUGGAUUAAACCCAGUAAAGGGCCUCACAGAUGACGAUUUGCAAACAAGUCGAAGCCAGCAGCUGGAGCAACUUGUGGAAACUAUUCUACAGACUGCUUCUGACCUGAUCCUGAAGCACACCUUGUUGGAGAAAAGCCAAGAGCACGUGGUCAGGAGCAGCUUCAUAUCUCUCUUCAUUGCACGGUGGGACUCAGCAGUGUCGGUCAUCAGCGGUGAUUCGGCGAUAUUUUACACGCCAGCGCCGCCGAUCCGUUCGCUCAGAGGAGAGUGUGUCCUCGGCCUUCUCGCUGAACUCAAGCGGUCACCUUGGACCCGGGCCACAUAUCCUGAGAGGAUGAAUGGACCGGUGGUUGACUUGACUCUGUAUGAAUGCAGCACGAGGAGGAAAGUCUCAGUUCGAACGCUUGUUCGGCCAAUCACUGUGGAGAUGAGACCAAGACAAGACAAACAGGAAGCCGCACACGCGUACGUCCUCCUGCGAAACCGCAUCAACUACCACAGCUUCAACGUAACCCGCGAACAUUUACAUCAGGCCAUCCAGCUGAGUGUGGCUUUCACGCCGCCACCUAAGCGCUCAUUUCCCAUCACGCUGCUGUUCAGGAUGUUUGCCAAGCCGUCUCCCGGCAUGCACCACUUGCAUAAGAUUCACCAUUGGGAGACCAAUUCCACUCGGAUCACCCUGCCACCAUCCUAUCUCAAGACUCCAGGGGUCGGCUACCUGGCGUUAUUCAAUGGCGACUUUGGUAAAACAAUCAGACGCAAGCACCAGAGCAGCCGGAUCAAUUACACUCUGGCGGUGGUCGCCAGCCAAUGUUUGUCCUUGGACCACUUAAAAGGGGCGUGGACGCCGCUGGGCUGCAGCACGCACCAGGCAGACAGCACUCGUGCUGUCAACUGCAGUUGUCACCUGUUGAGGGCGCUGACUGUGGUGCAGAAGCAGAUCGGGAGCGUCUAUGAAGCAGCCGACCUGGACAUCUUCCUCAGCGAGGCCUCCGAUGUGACUGUCCCGGUUGUCCUGUUGCUGUGCGUGUGUCUUUACGCGCCGGCGUUGAUGGGAUGCAGGAAAGCAGACAUCGUGUCCGAGCAGAGUCGCCGAGUCCACUACCUUCACGACAACUGUCCACGGGAACCGCAUCUCUAUGCUGUGACCGUCCACACCGGCCUCCGCUCUGCGUACAAACUGAGUGCAAAGGUUUACGUAGCACUGUACGGCGGCGACGGCACCUCACAGACAAGAGAACUAUCCGUCCCAGGAUGCACGCUUUUCAGGAGGAACUCACGAGACACCUUUGUGCUCAGUGCAGCCGAGAGCCUGGGUCCCGUGUGGGGGGUCCGCAUCUGGCAUGACAACUCCGGACCUUCGCCACAUUUAUUCGUGAAACUUGUGGAAGUCUCUGAGCUGGGGCAGGCCAACAUGGAGUCGCCAACGCGGCUCUUUGCGGGCCAGUGUUGGUUGUCCGCGAGCAGAGGCGACGGCCGCGUGGAGAGAAUGCUGCGCGUUUGCACUCGUGGAAUAGGAGUAGCUCGGAUGAUGCGUCUCAUGCUGUGUGACUACCUGGCAGAUUUCCACAUGUGGAUGUCUGUGUACAGCUGCCCUCGGCCUCACUCAUUCACACGCACGCAAAGACUGGCCGUAUGCCUGCUGCUAUUUGCGGGCUACGCGUGUGUCAACGCACUGAUCAUAUCGCAAACGGAAGAAGCGGUGGGUCGAAACAAAUCAUUAACAAACAAACAAAGUCCAUGCGUGAGUGUUGUCAGAUAUAUGAUGCCAAGCUUCGUCGCGCUGACUGUGGUGCAGAAGCAGAUCGGGAGCGUCUAUGAAGCAGCCGACCUGGACAUCUUCCUCAGCGAGGCCUCCGAUGUGACUGUUCCAGUUGUCCUGUUCCUGUGCGUGUGUCUGUACGCGCCGGCGUUGAUGGGAUGCAGGAGAGCAGACAUCGUGUCCGAGCAGAGUCGCCGAGUCCACUACCUUCACGACAACUGUCCACGGGAACCGCAUCUCUAUGCUGUGACCGUCCACACCGGCCUCCGCUCUGCGUACAAACUGAGUGCAAAGGUUUACGUAGCACUGUACGGCGGCGACGGCACCUCACAGACAAGAGAACUAUCCGUCCCAGGAUGCACGCUUUUCAGGAGGAACUCACGAGACACCUUUGUGCUCAGUGCAGCCGAGAGCCUGGGUCCCGUGUGGGGGGUCCGCAUCUGGCAUGACAACUCCGGACCUUCGCCACAUUUAUUCGUGAAACUUGUGGAAGUCUCUGAGCUGGGGCAGGCCAACAUGGAGUCGCCAACGCGGCUCUUUGCGGGCCAGUGUUGGUUGUCCGCGAGCAGAGGCGACGGCCGCGUGGAGAGAAUGCUGCGCGUUUGCACUCGUGGAAUAGGAGUAGCUCGGAUGAUGCGUCUCAUGCUGUGUGACUACCUGGCAGAUUUCCACAUGUGGAUGUCUGUGUACAGCUGCCCUCGGCCUCACUCAUUCACACGCACGCAAAGACUGGCCGUAUGCCUGCUGCUAUUUGCGGGCUACGCGUGUGUCAACGCACUGAUCAUAGCGCAAACGGAAGAAGCGCUCCAUUUCGAGGCGGGCACGACUGCGCUAUCCGCUGUGUCGCUGACCGCCGCGGUAUCAAGUGUGGCGGUGGCGUUGCCCAUGGCGACGCUGAUAACGUUCCUGUUUCGACUGCGUGAAGUGAAGUUGACGAUGGGAGAGGAGAGAACCCGGACUGCACGGGACCCUCGUGAGGUGGGCAGCACCGACUCCGUUCGGAAGAAUUAUCAGCCGGUCGCAAGGGACGUGAACAACGAGGACAGCGAAAUCCAGACAGAAGUCAUUCAGAAGCGGAUGCGCCUUCAAGAAGGAGCCCCUUCUCGGGCUGGAAGCGAGGGAGGCGGCUUUCAGCUGGCAGCCUGCUCGGAACGCAGACGAUGUCUCGGUCUGUUUGAUGAGCUCAGACGGAGGACAAAGAGAACGGCUCGGCUGCGGUGUCACUAUCUGGCCUGGACAUUGUGCCUGCUUCUGUCUUUUGCCGCUCUACUGAUCACAGCAUUGUUGGGGCUCAGGUUCAGCAGUAGUAAGCUGCAACUGUGGCUCCAUUCGACCUUCCUCUCCUUGGCGUCGUGCUUCUUCCUGAUCCAGCCAAUUGGGUAUCAUUCGCACCUCACUCCAGUGAGUGUUCUGUUUAUUGUUGUUGUCGUCAGGUUCAGCAGUAGUAAGCUGCAACUGUGGCUCCAUUCGACCUUCCUCUCCUUGGCGUCGUGCUUCUUCCUGAUCCAGCCAAUUGGGAUCCUUGCUGUUGGUGUGACGCUAUCCAUUUGGUACAGAAAUAGAACAGACUUCCAGAGUCCCUCCAGAAUCACGUUGAAAGCGGGACAGCAGCUCACUUGUGCUCUUCGGUCGGACAGCUUCUCAGAUCUCAAAAAGCGCCGGCGAGCGAGAUUUCUCCGUCUUGUGCGCCCGCCUACUGUUGCGGAGCUGAGGUUGACUCGAGCACGCAGAAGCCGCGAGGCUUUCAUUGGCGAAACCCUCAGGGAUUUGUGUGUCCUUGUAGCCAUGCUCCUCCUGAUGUUGUGCAUUGCCAACGGCAGCUCAUUCAGUGACCACUCCCGCCUCAAUAACGCCAUCAGACAACAAAUUACUGGGUCCGAGGCCAUGGCGACACUUGAGGCCCUGCAAGGUGACGGCAGCUGUGUGGCAGUGAAGGUGCAAUUGGCCAUGUAUAGCCCCGCCCCCGCCUUGUUCACCACCGUGACGCUGCUGGCUGAGCGGAGCCCCGCCGGCGCCAUGUUGACGUCAGCCGCUGUCCACUCAGUGAAGGUUUACCACACGCCUACUGUUUGGGACUACGUCGUCACCGUCUGCCAGCUGCUGUUCCUCUGCUUGUCCCUGCUGCAUCUCAGCGUCCAAGUAGGCACUGCGUGGCACAAAGGCUUGUUAGGAUACUGCGCAGCACCCUGCAACUGGCUGCAUGUAAUUCUCCAAAUGGUGAUCUUCCUGUACUCUUAUCACGACAUCUACCGCUCUGUGGAGUCCAUGGAAGUUGCGGAGCUGUUGCGGAGGACCGACGGCAAAGAACACGUGGAUGUCAGCCUCCUGGCCGCACGGGAACAACAUAUUCGCUCCCUGCGUGGCGUUCUGCUCCUCCUCCUCACUGCAAAAUGUGCGACCAUGCUGACGCUGACCAGGAGGUCGACGACGCCCGUGACCCGCUUGAUCCCAAACCUUAUGUCAGGUUUCAUCCCGCUGCUGGUUGGACACUCCUUUCACACACUGCUUUGUAACAGCUGUGACCACAAAGCUAUCGGCGGUCUCCUCCGAUCUGGACACUCGUUCCUAAGCUUCCGAGGCCUCUGCCUGUCCUUCGCCGCUUCGAUGAUGGCCUUCGUGUUCUCAUCAGGGAGGAAGCCGCGUCAAAGCAGGAAAGAUGUGUGCACUGUGAGAGAAUUAGGCGGCUACAUCAGACGGAGGGUUCGUGAGCUCACUGGACACGAAGAGCAGGCGAGGCCUGCUGUGGAGAGCAAGACUUACUACCUGGAGGAGUUUGAAACCGUAGUGGAUGAGCUACUAUUCAAGCUAAACAGGCUGCACGCCACACUGCCCCCUGUUGCUCAUCAUGUCCACAUCGACGACAGCCCUGUACCCUCACCCACCUCUCAGAACAGUGAGAGAACACGCUCAACAGAACCAGAACCAGAACCACCGGUGAAUGCCACGUCACUCGAAUCUGCUGAAGGCCUUCAGAAUAAGGAGUUCUGGCCGACAUCAACACGAGCGGCAUUGCCACGACCAAGUGCCAGUGGUGGAGAAUCCAAAUCUAUGGUGGAGGAACUGCAAAGUGGACGAGCGGAGUGUCUUUCAGUCCUAAAUGAUGCUCUGGAAAGACAAACUAGCCAUGUGACCAGGAGAAGUGACAGCUGUUUGACUCGUAAAAAUAUUACGUGUCGCACAACCACUCAGGCACCUCAUACAGAGGUGUUGGUCGAAGUCCUGAUCCACAAUGAGCCUUUGUGAGCGUUUUUAAACCUGCACAUCUUCAUUGGUGGCUGUGUACUGGAAUAUAUUUGCAUUUCGGAAUGAAUAAAGAAUAUUUUUAACAGCU